AUGUCUGGCUUCGAGAUAGCCGGUCUCGUUCUGGGCGCCAUUCCCCUUAUCACGAAGGCUUUUGACGACUACAGGAGAGUUGUUGCGUCGGUCCAGGUCUGGCGCCAUUACGAAGUUGAAGUGAGUUGCCUUAUUUUGAACCUGAAUUCGGAGUAUUACAGGCUGGAGAGGAUCUGCGGGAAAUAUCUCUCUAGUCUGGAUCCAGGCACGGACUUCGACAGCAUGACCAGCGACCCAUUCGGUCCGCUCUGGAAGGACGAAGUAGUGCAGAGAAAGAUCAAGGCGCGGCUUGAGAGCUCAUAUGGCAAAUUUCAGCUUGUCAUGGAAGAGUUCCGGAAAGCUAUCAACUUUAUCAAGGAUAAACUUGACCUAGAUGCUCAAUGGAAAGUCAAGUGGACAGAGGAGUCCAAGAUUAAGGCAGAAUUCAAACGCGCAAGCUUUGUUCUCCAGAAAUCGGUAUACAAAGAUGCACUUGAAAGUCUUCAAAAGAACCUCUCGAUUCUAGACUCUAUGAUGAAAGACGACAUGGACGCGGAACCUCAACGGCAAAAACGAUACAAGGGAAGGCUGGUCGGUCUGAUACGUCAGACAUCUGGAAACAUCUACUAUGCGUUACGAGAUAGCAUGCCCUGCAAAAUUGAUUGCAGGCAUCAAGUCCAUAUGGACAUAGCGCCUGAUUCCGAGGAUGCCACCCACGAGCUGGACGAUGCUGAGAUCAUCGAAAAGCUAGGAUUCCAACUCGCCAUGACAUAUCACACCAAUACGAGCGAGGUGAUUCCCGAGAGACCUGGUCAACAAAUCAUCUUGGAAGAAGUAACUGUCAGAGCUUCCGCACCACAAGUCGCCUCCCUCUUGGAGCCAACGCCAGCAACCCAGUCGCCUUCUCACCCUCAGCGCAAGGCUGUAAGUUUUGCUUCGUCGCGGAAGACCACCGUCACCACAACCUAUAUUAAACAGCCGAGCACCACGGCAGCGUUGACAAGCACGAUGUCAACUCUGAAGCUCACUGCCGGGGCAAUCAACCUCCCCAGACAAGUCAAUAUGUGUGAAGAGUUGCGCAGAAGUCACGAGAAUGGCAUAUCGGGCACGAUAUCUCACCAAAACGCAGGAAAGUCUUGGAACUUCACCAUUUACCCCAAGAAAACCACAGAAACUCCAAACAGCAGGUCCGUCAUAUCUCUGAAGCAGAUCCUGGAGAAUCCUCCCAAGACCAAAAUGCCCUUCAUGGCCAAGAUCCAUCUAGCCAAGAUGAUAUCUUCGAGUUUCCUCCAACUUCAUCAAACUCCCUGGCUACCAAAUAUCCUGACAAGCCAAGAUGUAUACUUCAUCACGGAUGGCUCACGGCCUUAUCCCAACCUUAAACAGGCCUUCAUCAAGAAAGAACUUCCCGGAAAAUUUCCGAAAGAUCGUUCCAUGAACAUCGAUGCCCGCGGACUCAGCAGCUCCCCGCUUCUCUCACUUGGAAUCUUAUUGCUAGAGCUCGAGCUUGGUACUACUAUCGGCAAACUGCGGCGUCCGGACGAACCCUCAGAUGCUGAUGUGGUAGAGAGAUUGCUGGAAGAGACGCCCUUAGAUGCCUUAGGUAGCGGACGUUAUAAGUCUGCCGUCUUCAGGUGUGUUGGAGGAAACUAUUUCCGGUCCACGCAGGACUUUAACGAUGAGAAUUUUCGAAAAGCUGUAUAUGAACGUGUAGUCGCACCGUUGGAAGCUGACUUGGAGGAGUUCACCCUGUGA